CUGUCUCUCUCUCUCUCAUUCACAAACACACACACACCCUUUCACUCCGCUGUGCUCUCCUUCUACUGACUUGGUGCAGCUCAUAGCCAACAACCGUUUCUGGCGUCCAUUAAAAGGAUCAUAAUGGAUCUGAAAGGAUACUUUAAAAGGAUUGGGUUCUCUGGUCUGUAUGAUAAAGCUGAUCUGGACACACUGCGCACCAUACACAAGCUUCAUGUGAUGACGAUUCCCUUCGAGAACCUCAGUCUCCACUCUGGAGGGAAGAACACAAUGGAUCUGAAGGUCAUUUAUGAGAAGAUUGUGUGUGAGCAUCGUGGAGGUUGGUGUUGUGAGAACAACCUGCUCUUCUCCUGGGUGCUGAAAGAGAUGGGUUAUACAUUCACCACUCUAGGAGGCAAGGUCUUCAGCAGGGUCAAAAAUGACUACAGCACCAUGGACUGCCAUCUCAUCAACAUGGUGGAGAUUGAGGGCAAGUCUUAUAUUACCGAUGUGAGCUUUGGAACGUCGAGCCAAAUUUGGUGGCCGUUAGAAAUAAUCGCAGACAAAGACCAACCUCAGCCCCCAGGUGUGUUCCGCUUACUGAAUGACGGUGAUAGGUGGAUGCUGGAGAUAACAGAGAGGAAGCCACUGAUCCAGAACGAGUCCUUAGCCAACUCUAGACUCGCUGAAAAGUUUGGGACACAUCCUAUGUACAGCUUCUCAUUAACACCACGUGCUGUAGACCACUUUUUGGAGACAUCAGAGUACCUCCAGACGAGUCCUGAGUCUUUGUUCCUCCUGAAAUCCAUCUGUUCCCUGCAGACGCCUACCGGAUACAGGGCUCUGAUUGGUUGGACCUACAGUGAGGUCACAUUUAACCCUGAGGAAGACAGAGAUGUCUAUGAGUUAAGGAACAUACCAGACAGUGAGAUCGAGGCAAUAUUGAAGGACAAGUUUAGUGUUACUUUAGGUAAGAAAGUCACAGCUAUAAACAAGAAAGACACUGCCUUUGGGGUGUUAAACUUACUGGUAUAAACAAGAAAGAAAGAAACACAAGAAAUAAAAAAGUUUAAGGAAAAGGAGUAACUAAUUCUAAAUUUUUGUGCAGAACAAGUAUUUUUUUUAUCAAAAGGCUCCAAUUUGAAUAUAUUGCACUAGAUGUGCAGGCCUCUUUUAACCCUAAAUGACUUUAGAGGUUGCCCAUGGCUUCAUCAUAAUGGUCCCUGUGGGGUUAAUUAUCAUUCAAAUAAUAUUCUGAGCUUUAAAAUGACAAAUGCUUCAACAUAAAUCAUUUCAGUGACUGUUCCUUUGCCAUAAUACAUCUAAUCUACCUAAGAAAUCUAUAUUUGGCCCUAUCAGAACUGGAUUCGUUUCUCAGGGGGGCGUCUGUAAAUCACACUUCUACUCAGUGAUAAAACGCUUGUAUCUGGACUGCAAUUGAAACAACAGGAAAAUCAAUGGGUUUUUUGGCUUUGACAUCUCAUGACAUAUCAUUCAGUAGCACCUCCUUUUCCACUUGCUGUUGAGUUUACAUGGAAACAUGGAAAGUUUACAUCUCCCUGGAAACGUGCGUCCGAACUGUGAUUAUGGUGAGUGGCAGUGGACCACAGAGUUCAGCAAAAAACAGUACAUAAUUCAGCCUGUAAUUUUCUCAGAGGAUGUCUGAGAAAAACACAUACAUGGUUGUUUUGAACCCCUGGACCCUUUGAGAAACGAAUCCCAUCCAGAUAGAGCUUUAGACAGAUAUUCCUAAAUUUUACCCAUUGUUAACUCAGUGCAUGCUGAUACUAGUUAAUGAACCUCAUAAAGCCUUUUGAAUUGAGUUGUGAUUGUUUGGAUUUUUAUUGUAGUUAUUUGAAAUGAAUCAAGAUGGAAAUUAAAUUUUGAACAAAAUAAAA